CUGCAUGCAAAUGCACACCUAGUAUUGCACUUUCCAACAGCAUGAGGAAUGCGUUACGUUUCUGAAGGGAUGAAUAUUUGUCUUGUGUGUGUGGUGUAACUAAAAUGUAGGACAGGUUGGCGAACAGCGAUCGAGGGCCGGGCUUGAACACUCUUAAAACCCUUAGUCUGUAAGGUUUAUAAGAUAAAACACUCAGUACAAAAACUGAUUUUUAUCUUCGAUAGCAGACCCCUGACGAUUGCAAUAUCCGCCGCAGGACAGAGUAUGUGGCCGUAGAAAUAUUUAUUUCCCAUCGCAAUAUGACGAAUUUUAUUUCCCUUCUGUGAUAAAAUCGAAAUAGGACGGUCCCUUUGCUCACAACUUAUUUUCACGUUUGCAUUAAAACAAUAUAUGACGCAAUGAAUGCAGUUUAACACCUUUUUUCUUCCGGUGUUUGUAACAAAAUAUGGUCGCGGAUUGUAGGAAGAAUACAGAAUAACGAUUUCAAUUUUGUUACUCAGGGCCGGCUACUGGUAGCACUGGAAUAAAAGUGAAGACAGACAACAAUUUGUAUUCAUUUGUGACGGUACCAUGAAUCGACAGGUGUGGGUCUGUCUGUUUGUUCUCGUUUCCUUGACAACUUACACAGAAUGUGGGUCUGGCAACGAAUGGGGAUAUCAGCCUGGAAUCGGUCCGUCCACGUGGCACAACCACUAUCCCCAUUGUGGCGGUAGCAGCCAAUCACCCAUCUCUGUGAAUACAGCUAAAGCCGUCCUUAAUACGAAUUUAACAACCUUCAACUUCACCGGAUACGACAGCAUCAACAACGUCAGGAUGAGCAUGAAGAACAACGGACACUCAGUACAAAUUGACCUUAUGGGGCAGUUGAUGACGACAUCAGGAGGUGGGCUGAAGAACACAUACCGGGCGAAACAGUUUCACUUCCACUGGGGAUCCGAAGACAAACGAGGCUCUGAACACGACAUCAAUAACCACCAUUUCCCAAUGGAGAUGCACGUGGUCCACUUUGAUUCCACGUACAGCACGUUUGAUGAAGCCGUCAAUGCCACAGACGGAGUGCACGUGUUGGCUUUCCUGUUUGAUGUCGGUGCCGUAAACCACCAUUUUGAUGAGAUAAUUCAACAUUUUUACAGAAUUGCACAUAAAGAUGACCACGUGAACCUGACCACGUUUCCAUUGGCUGAACUUUUCCCUGAAGACCUGAAAGUUUACUACCGUUACCAUGGCAGCCUUACUACACCUCCGUGCUCAGAAACCGUCAUAUGGACCAUCUUCAAAGAAACCAUCAAAAUAUCAGAAGAUCAGAUGGUUUUAUUUCAGCUGAUGAAAUUCCGGCACAAUGUUCACAGAAACUAUGCCAAUGAGUCCGACAGAGAUAUUUCGAACGACUUCCGGCCGCCGCAACCUCUCAAUCAUCGCCAUGUUUACGCAAGCGACCCCAGCGCCAUCUUUCAACCGCCCUCAUCUGCAGCACAAAGUCUUUUGUUAAAUAUAUGUAUGCUUAAUAUUAUGUUAAUGUUCUAUGUAUUAUGUUAUUGAUCUAUAUAUCGUAUUGAAAUAAUCUUCACAUCAUGUACAUAUUUUUAAAUAACUGUAUGUAGGCUGUUGACGAGAUGUUGCGCGUUUUUACAUUAAUAGCUUUCACAUUGUGUUUGUUUACAUAUCAAUAACAUUAUCAUGCUGCAUUUAUAUAAUAUUCGCUUUUAAAUUAAACCCACUGGAAUAUUAAAAUACCAGGGGCAUAACAAAUGAUAAAUGGAAGCGUAGGCACCAAGCGGCAAGGGGUUUGGGGACCGCUUAAUGUCUCAAGCGGGUCCAGAACAGAUCCCUGGUAGGGAUAUCUGCCGAAAACGGAUUUUAGCAUUCUGAAAUACCAAGAUGGCAGUUUUAUCUUCAUGUUGAUCCAGACUUCGGGAAUGUUUUAGUCCCCUGAUUUUAGUUUCAAAUGAAAAUUAAGAUUAAAGCUAAGAUACAUUUUUUUUAAUAUAUGCAUUAACAAUAAUUGAAUUUUUGUCAGGGAUUUGUACCCUUACCUAUCGCCAUUCCGGGGUCCUUUAUCACGGGAGGCUCGUGCAGAUUGGGGGCGCUAUUUUGUUGACUUUACCUUCCGGCUGAAAUGUACCUCUUUUUAAAAGAGCUGAACAAAUGAGGGAAACUAGUGCAACCUAGUACCGUUUUUAAUGUUAUGAUGAAUGGAAAUAGCAUAUCCAAGUGAACCUAACCAGGAAGUGCGGAAAAGGGCAGAGACGACUAAUUGUUUCAGGCAUAGACGAGUUAAUGUUUUUGGUGAAAAUUGAGCGUAGACCCGGGCUUUUGUGCUACCGUUGAUGUUACACCUAUGAUUACACCACGUGACAUAGUGUCCUGAUAUUAGCAAUUCACAUCCUCUGUAUAUAAAGAUUUUGAAUAAACUCAUGUAGAAAUCAUA